AUGUUAAACCAUUCAAUAGUAGUAAGCACAAGACGUCCCAUAACUCCACGAGAGACAGGAAGAGUUUUAUAUGGAAAAGUUACUUUACCCGGGAGACCACCUAGUGCUUUUUCUUUGCGUUAUUUGCAAAAUGUAGACUCUCGUGGUUCUACACCCAAGACACCCUCGUUGGAACCAUUACCUGCAACUGAAGAACGAAAAGGAAAAUUAUCCACUCCUAAGCAAUUAUCCCUUAAUAAAGAGAUUGGUGAUUAUGGUGGAGAUGAGACCUAUCAUACUACUUCACGACGCUCUCAGUCUCUUGAAUCGCGUUUUGAUUGCUAUGAAAGUAAUAACAAUUGUAAUGCAUUGGGCGGUAAAUCAAACAAUUCACUUCAAAUACAAACGAAAUCACAAUUGGUACGUAAACUACCAGCUCUAGAAAUAAAAGGAGUUUCCAUGAAUGCAAAAGACAAUGUUAAACAGACAAAAGAAAGAGCCAAAACAGCUUAUAAAGAAGCAGUUACAAAACAAAAUGAGGCUCUCAAUUUAAUGGAAUCUAGUUCGAAAGAUAAUUGUUCUAUUAACCUCUUGACAACAAGAAAGAUUCUUACACGUAGCAAUGAUUUGUUGGGACAAUCUUCAACUGAAAAGCUUAUCGAUAUGUUAAAAGAGCAUGCGGGUCUAAAAGAGUGUACCGAAGAGACAGCAAGCCACAUUAAUUCGAUUUUAACGGAAUUAUACAAUAGAGUGCGUAAAAACGAAAAACACUUUAAAAAGGGUUUUAUAUUAGGUGGCCUUUAUGGAUUAGUUGAAUCGUCGUCGGCUAAAAUUUUGCUCGCUGUGGCCAGAGUAGUUCUUGCGUUACGUGUUUCCGGCAGUAAUCUAACAGGAGCAUGUAAACUUAUAUUCAAAGUUGCCCGCAAUGAACAAAAUGAUUAUCUAUUUUACGAUAGUGAUCUAUUGGAAUUGCUUAUCGAUGGCUUAGGUCGUGCUAGUCCCUUGGAAGACCCAGAAGCUUGCAUUUAUGGUUAUGGUUCUAUUCGUUUUCUAACCUGUAGUACAGUACAAGAAAGAGCUGAACUUACCACCAUAAAAGAUUUUAAUCGCAAUUGGUCUGAACAAUUUGAAUUGCCCCGCAAACCCAGUACAGCUCCAAAUUUGGGAGAAGGCCAUACCUUGCAAACUGAUAAGCAACAAAAAGAAUUUGUUGAAAAAUUGUCAAAACAAGAUGCUCUGGUAGUUCGUUUGUCACGCCACGGCGCUGUACAACUUAUGAUAUUACAUUUGCAAAUGUUAAAUGAAGCUGGGGCAACGCAAAAGUUAAAUGGGCCACCAUUACAUUCUUUAUAUCAACUAUCGGCCGCCUUGCGAGCAUUGGCGGAUGUAAGGCAAAUUUCUUCUUCGAUUGAACAGUUAGAAAAUCCAAACUUUAAUACAACGAACAUACAACUUGAAUUGGCUUGUCCCCAUUUAGUCAGAGCGGCAGAAGUAACUAUAGGUGAAAUAGAAGUUCAAGCCAAUAUCGUUAGAACCUUAAGUGUUCUUUCGGAAGAUCCUGAUUGCUGUCAUAUUUUAACUAAUUUUGCCGGACGCAUUGGUAUGCUUUUGGGUCCUUGUUGCGCUAACUUUAAAAGUAAUCAGGCUGAAAAACUUCUGUCAUUGAUCAGCCGUUUGGGUUAUAUUUUGGGUAAUAUUAUGGCCAAGUACGACAAUGCUAGAAUACAGUUCUACCAUAAUGAUGUGGCCAUGGAAUACUUGUUAAACAUACUCGAAAUAUAUUCUAAAGAACCCUUAACAUUACAUAAUUCCUUGGGCGACACGGUAGUGGAUGUGUUAAUUAAAAUGAUAAGAGUUCUAGCGAAUAUGAGUGUUAAUUCUGAGGUCGGUUUUGGUCUAGGCAAUGCUCAGUCACUGGGUAAUAUACUAAUGACAUUACUUAAAGCAUCGCAGCAAAUUAAAAGCAUUAAAAUGAAACAAGAAUUACAAGAACUAACGCAUGCUACUUUGGGAGCGUUACACAAUCUUUGCUUUUAUCAAGAUAAAAUUACAUCAACACCUACACAUGUUAUUGAAUCCAAAGGAAGCCUACAAUCUGUAUUAUCUGAUUUAGCUGCUCAAUUAUGUUCAAUACUGAAAACAAAUCGAGAUGAAAUUACACAGACCGAAAUUACACGGGUUUUAGGCAACUUGACUAGAAAUGAAAAGGCCAGAAAAUCAUUUUGCAAAUCUAAAGGACUUAAACUUGUUGUUGAAAUACUUGCAAAUGAUGCAACACGACACUUGUACGACCUCAAAGCCUGUACAAUUGGUAUAUUGGUAAAUUUGUUGGGUGAUAUGGAGAAUCGCUUACCACUGAUACAACUAAAGGGUCCAGAAAUUUUAUUGGAAUUGUUGCGAGAUGCUUUGCAGCAGCACUCAGAUUGGUUUUUAGCCACAAUUAUAUCUCAAGCAUUUUGGAAUUUAUUUAUUGAUACACCUCACAUCGAAGACGUAUGUUCAGAAGUAACGUUGGAUGAAUUAAGUGAUAUAUUGGCUGAAUAUUUGGACGAAGAGAAAAUUCUAAAGAAUUAUAACAAUGAAUCAUUACCGCAAAUGUGGGAAGACUUUGCAAUUGUUUCAACUGAUUUAUUGGAACGUUUACAAUCAAACUAUGACCAACAAAGUGACAGCAUUGUGUCUUUGGAGGCAAGUGAUUUUGAAAACGACGAAGAUGAUGUUUACAUAGAAGGAAUGUAAUGCGUAAAUUUGUUAAAGAAUAAAUUUAAAAAACAAUGAUUUGUCUUAAUAAAAUUUAUAAUUAUUCUCAGUAUACAAAA